AGCCCCUGAGGACACGUGGGAUGUGCCAGGUGUGCGGGUGCCAGGCGGGCAGGUGCCCCUCGGUCGUGGUCAGUCACUGUGCUCAGAGCAGAGGGACACAGGCUGCAGGCUCAGCCCGUCCCCAGAGGACUGACAGUGCUCUCACACCUCCCCAAGCCCCGUGGCUCUGAGGAAAGCCCUCGCUCAGCAGGUGAGGCUGGGCCCUUCACUGCUCCAGGUGCCACCAGAGCUCGGCUCGCUGUCACCGCUGCCCUGCUCCUGGAAGAGCAGGCCUGAGGCAUGAUCAGUUUGCUCUGCAAAUUGAGGGAGGAGAUGUUGAGCCCUGUGGCACAGCAACGGGAGCUCCUUGGGGAGGCAGGUGGGGCCAAGAAGAAUCCCCUUCCCAAGUGCUCCCUGCCUGGGCAGCACUCUGGGCAUGAACCACUGGUGGCUUUGGGGCAGCUCCAGUGGGGCUUUGGUGAGGUGUUGGUGCAGCUUUGGUGAGGUUUUGGUGUGGUUUUGAUGCAGUUCUGGUGUGGUUUUGAUGCAGUUUUGGUGUGGUUUUGAUGCAGUUUUGGUGAUGUUUUGGUGUUGUUUUGAUGCAGUUUUGGUGUGGUUUUGGUGCAGCUUUGGCUGCUCACAGACCGCCCCUGGCCGGAGCAGAACGCUGGCUGCAGCCUUUGCUCUGGCUCAGCCCAUACCAAGUUCCCUGAAGAUUGCUCCCCAGGGCAGGGGCAGUGCUGGUGGCCACAGGCAUGCCCCGCUGGCUCCUGGCUGUGCCACAGGACGGGAGCUCCCUGGAGGUGACCCCGAGCCAGGGCCAGGCUCCCUGUCACUGUCACUGUCCCCAGAGCUGGGAGCAGCCUGCCUUCCUCCCCCUUUCCCCUACACCCACACCCAAAUGGAUGCAGUCAGGGCUCUGGUUUUCAGGAAACACCUUUUCCACAUGCAUUGUUGUCUCCCCUUGUUUUGCUGUAACCCAGAAUUCAAGGGUGAUCAUGGCACAGGAGCUGCUGUUCUGUGCUGGCUGUGUUAGGACCAUGGAGUGAUGGAAUCCCAGAUCUGGAGGGACCUCAGGGAUCACCUGGUCCCAUCUUUUAUGGGAGAAGUGCAGGCUGGACAGGAGGGGCUGCGGGUCAGGGCUGCCAGGUGCUGGAGGGGAUGGCAGGGCACUGUCACCCCGCUGUCCUCGGCCAGCAGGCACUUUGGGGUGUGGGCAGGGGCCGUGCCAGGCUGCAGAGGGCGGGAGCGGGGCCGGGGCCCGGUGGUUAAUUAAACAGAUCAUUUCUUUAAAGUGAGAUUCAAAUAAUUGUAACCCUGAGAUAGAGGAGGCAUCGCAGGAGAUGAAAUGGGAGAGGGAGAGAAAGGAAGCAAAGGACAGAGGUUCAGAAUGGAGAGGGAGAUUAGGAGAGAGAUGAAAGAGAGAGGAGAAAGAUAAGAGGGAGAGAGGGGACAGAUCUCGGCGCGAGAUGGGCGUUGCCAGGGAAACGGGAAGAAUGAGGGAGCAACUGGAGAGAUGGAGGAGCAGAGGAUACUGGGGGUGGGGAGUGAGGGAUGGAGAGCAGAGGGAUGGAGGAACAGAGGGAUGGAGAAACAGAGGGAUGGAGGAACAGAGGGAUGGAGGAGCAGAGGGAUUCAGAGCAGAGGGAAGGAGGAACAGAGGGAUGGAGAAACAGAGGGAUGGAGGAACAGAGGGAUGGAGGAGCAGAGGGAUGGAGGAGCAGAGGGAUUCAGAGCAGAGGGAAGGAGGAACAGAGGGAUAAAGCCUCAGUGUCAGAAGGAGGAAAAAGGGGAUUUCCAGCAGAAGAGGAAGCAGGGGUGGCAUGUCUCAGCUCAGCACACGUGUCUGUGUGCUGGGAAGAGCAUUUGGAUGGCAGCUCUGUCCCUCAGCUGCUGCUGUCCGAGCCUGACCCGCUCACGCCAGGUGCCAGGGCUGGAUCCCAGAUCCCUGGGCAGAUAAUGGAGGAACCAGGCAGCUCUGUGCUCAUCACACUUUGUUCUGCAGCACUGGUAACCUCUGGUUAUUUGAAACCAUUCCCUUUUCCCUCCCAGUCAGAGUUUGCCAAUAACCAUGCAUUUUCAAAGGGUAAAUAUUUCCCUCUGACUGAUGGACACGGUGAUCAGAGUGAGAAUAUCCCAGUUCUGUGGAAUGUUUUCAGAGGAAAUGCCCCUGAAGGGGCUGGGGAGGGUUUGAUGUGCUCUGAUAACCCUUCUCCUCCAUGAGCCCUUGCCUCUCCCAGGGCCUCACUUUCCCCAACUCGGUUUUCCAGCUGCUCUUACUAAAAACAUUCUCAGCAUCCCUCUGCAAACGCCAGGUUGUGUCCUUUGUUUGGUGAAGCCAAAGCCCCUGGAGACUGCGUCCCUGCACCCAGAGGCCCUUCAGUGACACUGGGAUGUCACGUCUGUCACUGGCUGGAGGUUGUGGCUCUCAGAGCCCCUGACAGUGCAGGUUUCUUUUUCUGGAGAAGUUUUCCUUAAAACAAAAGUUUUCCUUUACAAAUGUGGUUUGACAGUAUCUGGUGUGGAAACACUGAGUGAAUUUAAACAGGUAUUUGUUUUCUGUGGCUCCUGCCCGUUUCUCAGAGCUUUGGCUCAUUUUUGCAGCAGUUCCUCUGUAUCAGGGUCAGUUCUGGGGCAAGAAGUGCCAGUUUUGGUUCUGCCAAGGUGUGUGGAGCCACUCUGUGGGUCAGCCUGUGGCACACACCACCAACACAGAGCCAGGGCCAGCAGUGCAGCCAGGGUGACCCCAGAUCCUUGGGCUGGUGCAGGACAGACAUGCUGGGUCAGGUUUAGGAAUAAUUUUAGUUGUGAUUUUCAGGAAAACAACAUUUUUCUUUUUGAAAUUGUGGGGGGUUGAGCAGCUUUAUGUGAAAUCUGCAGGCAAGAUGAAAGCCUGUUUUCCCCUUUAUUAAAUUUAAAUGAAGGCUGCUUUUGAGAAAGAAGGGAAAAUAAAAUCAAAGGUUUUCUCACAAAUAUCAGAUCCAUUAUCAGCCAUUUUCUGGUAAAAAGUCUUGAACAGUUUUACUUCCCCCUUCCCCAGUGAGAGCCCCAAAUGCCCAGGGUCUCACUUUGUCCUGGGGCUCAAUCCUGUGCCUUGGGAGCUUUUUCCCAAGAUCUGCAGCACACAUCUGUCCCCAGGGCACCUCCCAGGACCCCAGGCACUGGGAGCAGAGGGGCUGCAGAAGGGUCCUGCAGAGAGCCCUGCCGUGGGGGUCCUGCCGUGGGGCUAGCCAGCAGCAAGUGCUGAAUGUCCUGUUCUGUGGCAGCGGGGCUGCCAGGCAGCCUGGGAGCCCGUGCAGGGUCAGGUGAGCCAGGCUGCUGCAGGGGCCAGCUGGGCUGGCACUGCUCGGGUGGCUGCCCUCACCCUGAGGGCUGAGCUGGGACACAGCCCUGGCAGCAGGGUGGGCUCCUUGCACGGCUCAGAAGUGCAUCAAUCCCCAAACCCUUUGGAUUUUGGGUACCUGGGCCUCCCCUCCCUGCAGCAGUGGCUGGGGAGUGCUGCUGCCUCUGGGCCUGUGAGGGGACUGGGAAUGGAGCCAGUGAGAAGUGAGAGUUUGGGGAGCUAAUCAUGGAGCAAGAGAGGGAAAUGGAAGUGAAAUAGCACAAAGAAGUGAAAGCCAUGAAAAAAGCCUACUGUAAGUGAGCAGGUGGUGCGUGAGGAGCUGGUGGAGGCUCUGAGGGGAGCAGCCAGGGCAAGGGAGGGCAGGCUGUGCAGGAUGUGCCAGGACAGAGCCUGCAUCUUCCCAGAUGUGUUGGGAAACAUGGGAGGAGAGAUUGCACCAAAACUAAGCCUCGGAGUGGGAGGAAAAAUGAAGAAAGAACCCCAGAUUUCACAACCCCAAAGGGUCAGGGGCAGCGGGCACCACUGCUGGCCCAGGUGCAUCCAGCCUGGUGGCCAUGACAGCGUAGGCCGGCGGCGAGAGAUGGAUCGGUUCAGCGAGUGCGGGACGCAGACGGACGCCGUGGUGGUGCUGUCCCUGGCACAGGCUGCUGUCCUGGGCCUGGUGUCCGACAAUGAGCUGCUCGGGGCCACCGUCACCCCUACUGGCUUCUUCCCGGGGCUGGCCGGGGAGCAGCUGGACAGUGCCAGCACGGAGCCGGGGGAGCCUGAGGGUGAGGAGCAGGCGCCUGGGGAUGGGCAGGACGAGGACGCCCUGGAAGCAGACUCCUCCCUGGAGAAGCACGCCCGGAGGAGGAAGAGGCCGCCCGUGAGGCUGAUGCCCAAGGUCAAGAGUGAGAAGGCAGAGGUGGAGGCUGAGCCGCCGUACAACACGUCGGUCCCCGAGGACGAGGAGGGCGAGGGGCAGCCCGGCCACGCGCCCCAGCCCCCAGAGCCCAGGCAGGAGGCGGCGGCGCAGAGCGGUGCCAUGAAGAUGAUCGACCUGGGCACCUUCAGCAGGAAGCCCCCCCGGCGCCUGCGGCACCUGCGCCGGCACCGGGAGCCGGAGGGCACCGAGCGCCGGCGCAGGGGCAGUGACCUGGCCGGCGGCACUGGGGGGGCCCCGCAAACCGUGGGCGCCUUCGAGGCGGGUGCCCCGUCCCCCGGCGAGGCGGAGGCCCCCGCGCCGGCGUCCCCCGAGCAGGUGAAGAGCGAGCAGGGCUGUGGCUGGCAGGAGCCGGGGGAGCUGGAGGCGGCCGGCGGCACCAGCGAGCACAGCAGGAAGGCGCAGCUGGACCGGCUGGACAUCAACGUGCAGAUCGACGACUCCUACCUGGUGGAGGCAGGCGACCGCCAGAAGCGCUGGCAGUGCCGCAUGUGCGAGAAGUCCUACACCUCCAAGUACAACCUGGUGACCCACAUCCUGGGCCACAACGGCAUCAAGCCCCACUCCUGCCCGCACUGCAACAAGCUGUUCAAGCAGCCCAGCCACCUGCAGACCCACCUGCUGACCCACCAGGGCACACGGCCCCACAAGUGCGGCGUGUGCAGCAAAGCCUUCACCCAGACCAGCCACCUGAAGCGGCACAUGCUGCUGCACACCGACAUCAAGCCCUACAGCUGCCGCUUCUGCGGGCGCGGCUUCGCCUACCCCAGCGAGCUGAAGGCGCACGAGGUGAAGCACGAGAGCGGGCGCUGCCACGUGUGCGUGGAGUGCGGGCUGGACUUCUCCACGCUCACCCAGCUGAAGCGGCACCUGGCCACGCACCAGGGCCCCACGCUCUACCAGUGCCUGGAGUGCAGCAAGUCCUUCCACUACCGCAGCCAGCUGCAGAACCACAUGCUGAAGCACCAGAACGUCCGGCCCUUUGUCUGCACCGAGUGUGGGAUGGAGUUCAGCCAGAUCCACCACCUCAAGCAGCACUCGCUCACGCACAAGGGCGUGAAGGAGUUCAAGUGCGAGGUGUGCGGGCGGGAGUUCACCCUGCAGGCCAACAUGAAGCGGCACAUGCUGAUCCACACCAGCGUCCGGCCCUACCAGUGCCACAUCUGCUUCAAGACCUUCGUGCAGAAGCAGACGCUCAAGACCCACAUGAUCGUGCACUCACCUGUGAAGCCCUUCAAGUGCAAGGUCUGCGGCAAGUCCUUCAACCGCAUGUACAACCUGCUGGGCCACAUGCACCUGCACGCCGGCAGCAAGCCCUUCAAGUGCCCCUACUGCUCCAGCAAGUUCAACCUGAAGGGCAACCUCAGCCGGCACAUGAAGGUCAAGCACGGCGUGAUGGACAUCAGCCUGGACAGCCAAGAUGCCAUGAUGGAGCUGGCUGGGGCUGAUCACACCGAGCUGGACGGCCAGCAGGAGAUGGAUGACUUCGAGGAGGAGAACUCUUACGGCUACGGGGCUGUGGGCAACCCCCCAGACGAGCACACGCUGGCCGAGCAGGCCAUGAAGGAGAUGGCCUACUACAACAUGUUGUAGCCCAGGCUGGUGGGGCUGUGGGGGCUUGGUGGGGUUAAGAGGGGCUGAGGCACCCAGCCAGGCCCCCCAGAGCUGGAGGGAUGGCUUCCACUGGGCUUGGGGAACACAGGCAUGUCCAGAAGACUUUGCUGGAACUGCCUUGGCUCUGCUGCUGCCCCCCUGCUCCUGCCUGCACCCUGCACCUGGUGACUUGAAGCUGCAGGCAGGGGAGGCAUGACCCAGCAGAUCACUGAAUGAGUAAGGAUGGAAGGGGCUGCUGUGGAGCAAGAUGAUGAGCAUCACUAAUUAUUCUACCUCCUGGGUCCCCCCUCUGUGCACAGGGGUUCCCCUGACGGGCAGAAGCCCCUGCCCGCAUGAGGAGGUGGGUUUGCAUUUCCCACUCACCCUGGGGCUCUCACCCCUGUGUCAGGCCCUGGGAUGAAGAACAGAGUAUUUUCAUAGAAGCUCAGGGCGCAGUCAGUGCCCACAGCUCUGGGUCUGGAGCUGCAGCCAGUGGUGGAGCCAGGGGAGGCAAACCCAGCCCAGCCCCAGCAAAUGAUGGUAUUUUGAAAGUAAUUUAUUUUUUUCAGAUGUGCCGCGUGGUUGGUUUUAUCUUUUCACUGAGUUCAGUUCCCUUCAACCAAUGUGCUUUGUAAACCCG